AUGCCGUCUCCCCCGGUCAACAUCCCCUUUGUUCGCACGCCGGACGACAGAUUCCAGGAUCUCCCUGACUUCCCCUACGAACCGAAAUAUAUCCAAUAUGGCAAUCUACGGAUGGCCUACAUUGACGAGAGAUCUUCCGAGACCGCAAAGACGACGAACACACAGAGGGAGACGCCGACAGAGACUUUUCUUCUCCUUCACGGCGAACCGACAUGGUCGUUCCUCUACCGAAAAAUGAUUCCCAUCUUUCUUGGAGGCACCAACGCAGCAACACGAACAGCAGCAGGUCUUCCUCGCCCGAGUCCUCGUCGAGUCAUCUGUCCCGACCUUCUCGGGUUCGGUCGUAGCGACAAACCCGUACACGACGAAGAUUAUACUUUUCACUUCCACCGCUCAUCGCUGCUGUACUUUAUUCACGCCCUGAACCUUACCAAUAUCACGCUGGUAGUACAAGACUGGGGUGGUCUGCUCGGGUUGACUCUGCCGAUUGCCGACCCCGAUCGGUUCAAGCGCCUUAUCGCGAUGAACACUAUGCUCGCGACAGGAGAGGACCCUACACCCGGUUUUGUAGCCUGGCGCGCCUGGGUCAAUAAGAACCCGGAUAUGUCAGUCGGUGCUCUCUUGGGCCGAUCGUGUCCGCAACUUAGUGCCGCCGAGCGACGAGCAUACGAUGCGCCAUUUCCAAGUCGAGAGUUUAAAGCUGGAGUACGAAGAUUCCCCAAUUUGGUCAUGGUCAGCGACGGCGGGAAGGAGGGUCUCGAGAUAUCGCGGGCUAGUCUCGAGUAUUUCGGCAGAGGCGGUAUUUUCAAAACAGCCGAAGACGUCCUGGUGGCAUGCGGCAUGAAAGAUCCUGUCCUAGGCCCGCCGGUGAUGGGCCAGUUUGCUCGGAUCUGGGGCAAUGGGUGCAUCUAUGCCGAAAUCGAGGAAGCUGGACACUUUGUGCAAGAAUGGGGAGAACAAGUGGCAAACAUUGCAACGGCCGUGUUUGAUGGUGUAAGAAUUGACAGCGGUCACAAGAUUCGCAGGAUCGCGCCUGGUGGGAGACUAUGA